AUCCAUCUAACCCAGUACCCUGGGGCAAUACGGUGUCCCUGCUCGAUACUAGCCUGCCAUAUUGGAACAACCAACAAGGACACAAUCAUUGCUCAACUCAAAAUAAGUCAGAAAUGCCUAUUAAUGCUAAAGAAAGAUUGAUUCAUUAUGUCAGAAAUAUAGAGGAGCACAGAGCAAAAAGGAUUGAACUCAGAGCAAAAAAGGUUAAAACCCAAGCGGGUGACGCCCAACAAGAUGAAGCGGAUAUCCCAAUUCAUGGCAGCAAAGGAGAUGGCUGGAACGAGUUAAUUCUGCAAGGCAUGACAAUUCUUGAGAAGCUCGCGACCGACCAACAGAACUGCAGCGACAUCUGCAGCACCCCUGAUCUCCUCCCCAAGAUCAUGGCGCCUCUUCACUCUGAGACACUAAUCCAAGAUAUCAGUAUAGAUGCAUGGGCAGAUAUAGUAAACGGAUCGUUGAUAGUGGUUCACAGGCUCAUCCAUGCUCCUGAGUGGACAGGCAGAAGGGUGCACUCUGAAGUAUGUUCUAGCAAACAUGCCGUGAGCAACCUGGAGGAAAUUCUUGAUGAGGGCAAUGGAAAUGUCGUAGAACUGCAGAUGCGGGCCAUGGAGAUCCUGACAGAACUGGCUAUGGAUAUGCAAACUGAUCUCAGCAGUAAAACAAUAGUAAAUCUCAUCAAGAAGCAGCUGCAGAUCUUCCUUGCUGACGGUGAACCGGAAGAACAAGACACCAAGCUCGUCACGAAAAGGCUGAAAGUAACGGCUGGUAAAACAUUGGCACUAUUAUCCAAGACAGUAACUAUAUCUGCGCUUGUAGGGAGGGAAUAUGAGAACAUUGUUGAAUUACUUGAUGCUAAGAACACGAUUGUAUACAGAACAAUAGCAGCAGAGAUCUUGGAGAAUUUGUGUAGUCACCAUCAAAUGGACAAGGAACAUGUGAAGACUAUCUUGCUGCCAAAGCUACUCACACAAGUGUUGAACAGCCAAAGAGAACCCACAACUGAAGCAUCUCAAAGCAAUGUUUCUGCAUCGGGCGAUGAUGCAGAGCAGCAACAGCUUUCUAUACUGGGAAAUGAUGAAGAAAAACAACUUUCGGAGCACAAGAGCCAAAAUAAGUCCACCGAUCAAACAAUUGAGGAGCGAACUGCUAUGAUGGAAUUGCAAGAAGCGUUCUUAUCUCUUAUUUUGGUGAUAUGCAGCAAACAGAUCAGUGCAGAUGACCUCAACGUCGUGGCUCUAACGAUCGUCACAGCAGAAGGUGAAUUUGUGGCGAAGCUCAAGACUAUAGUAGAAGAGAACUGUGAGGCCACGGCUAACAGCCUAAGAAUUGUCAAGCUUUGCGGUCAGAUUGCUCUUACAAUGAUGCGGCGCGGCCAGUACAGCGCACACUUCAAGGAUCAGAAAUUCAUGGAGACACUGUCUAAGGCUUCGACAAUCAUGUCUAACCUUGAAAGCUGCAUGCUCUUUGCUGGUACUGACUGUGGAGCCAAGAAGACUGUCAGGCCCCUCUUCUCGGAUCUUGUGAAAGAGGCACAAGCGUUGGCUGCUUAAAAAAUGUAUUUUUAAUCAUUAUUUUCUACCAUUGUGAUGCCUUAUUUCUUUAUACUAUAUCAAACAAUUGUGUCGUCUC